AUGAAAUGCAAAGAAGCUAUGUCUCAAAUUCUAUUUGAUACGAUGCCCAGUUGGUUAAAAUAUCAUGAUGAGAAAGACACUCGGACUGUGCGCAAGGUAUAUAGUAUUGGUGAUUUAAGCUAUAUGAACGAUCGCGAACAAUUUUCUUCGAAUAUGUCAAAAUCUCAAUUUGAAAAACUAAAAUCUCACAUAGGCUCAUCGUCUAAUUUGACUUCAAACAAUAGUACGACGUUGACAAGUACAUUUGGAAAAUUGUUAGCUCGCAAAUUAACACAACGUACAGUAAGAAAUAUAACAAAAAGUACCAACGAUCUGAAUAGUAAUUAUGAAUGGUAUAACUCUUCGAUAGUAGACAAAUAUAUGAUACGAAAAGAAAAUAUACAAUAUGUCGAACGUAUUGGUGAAGGGAGAUUUGGCAUAGUUUUUAAAGGAUUAUAUCGAACAAAACAAAAUGAACUUUUAGCUGUUGCUAUAAAGAAAUUCAAUUCUGAAUUUAACUAUGACAAUAUACUGAAAGAAAUACAUAUUUUUCACGGCAUUAAACAUCCGCAUAUCGUUCAAUUGAUUGGCAUUGUUCUUGAUUCGGAUAAUUCAAUUAUGUUUAUCAAUGAAUAUGCUCAUGGCAAAUCACUUCAUGAAUGUUUAAUAUCAACAAAUGCCAAGUCGGAAUAUUCAUUAGAAUUGUUACUUGAAUAUUUAAAACAAAUAGCAUCGGCCAUGAGUUACUUAGAAAAGAAAUCGUUGAUUCAUCAAAAUUUAUCUUGUCGAAAUUUUCUUCUUUUUAAACAAUCACUUGUUAAACUUUCCGAUUUGGGUUGUUGUCAUUGGAACAUACCGACGAGAGAUCGAUCUAGAUUGCCCGUAGCAUGGAUGAGUCCUGAAGCAAUUAGUUACUUUUGUUUUACAACAGCAUCAGAUGUUUUUUCGUUUGGCGUUUCAAUGUGGGAAUGUUACACUUAUGGGCAACUACCCUGGGAAGGAUUGACCAACGAAGAAAUUGCAAAUGCUAUCAAUGCGUCUAAUCAUCAACGUUUGUCAAGGCCAGCCUAUGCCACAUCUGAGUUAUAUCAAAUAAUGCUUCAUUGUUGGAAAUAUGAACCGUGUGAACGUCCAACAUUUUCUCAAUUAGAAAAAACAUUACGAGAAAUUGAAUUCAAACAAGUACGGUGGAAAGAAAAUAAUAAUCAUAAAUCAAUAAAUUUACCCGAUGGCUUUCUCUCAAUAGAAUCCUGUCGACGUGGACCAUUGACAAUUCUCGAUCGAUGCCUCCAAGUUUCUCCUAUAUCUUCAUCAUCAUCAACGGAUGAUUUUCUUCAGUGUGUUUCUGUCGAUGGCCAAAUAGGUUAUGUUUACAAUAUCGACGUUGAGCCAUUACACAUAAUAUCUUUCUCUAAACAAAACAUAACUACAGCAGCAGCAACCACAACAACUAACUCGCCAUCAUCAACGAUGAACUAUAUAUUCCAUAGGAAAACAGGCAUAAAACGAAACGCAACGAAAACUAAACCAAAACAAAUUUCAAAGGAUAUGAUUAGUUCGCCGCAAUCAGAUUUUGUUCAUGCAUAUCACAUCGAAGCAACAGUGAAAGAAAAUUAUGAUGCGCUCUGUAUUACUGGCGUUAAACAAGAAGAUGUUGUGAUUGAACAAGCAUCAAGUAUCCAACAAAAUUCGUCUUUAUUCGAUGAAGUUAUGCAAGCAUUUACAGAGAUUUAUUCUGAAUCAAAAUCACCAACAAUUUUAGCCCAAGACAGUGUCCCGCUAAGAUCAUCAUCUCCAAUCAUCAAUUUUCAAUCACCACUUGUCAAUAUAAAUCAAUAUCCAUCAGAUGACAUAACAGAUUCGAAUAAUCUAUCGACAUCAUUGGCAUGUUAUUUAGCUGAAUUAAAAAUAGAUACAUCAAAUGAAAAAUCCGGCCGAUUAAAUGGUGAUCUCAGUGAACCAGUAAAACCUACAUAUAAUCUGUUGACUAAUAGACGUAUUAAUAAUUCAUCGUGUUCAUCGUCAACACACGACGAACGUUCAUCGUCAUCAUCGUAUAAUCAAGAAAAAUCUGAUUCUCAUUCACAUUAUUCAUCCCUAUCAACCGACAACGACGAUAAUCAUUCAAUACUUAGUUCGAAUUCGCGAGCAUCAUCAAUAAAAAAAACUAACCUAGAACAAUCAAUUACAGGAAAACCUCUACCACCACCACCAGAUCUAUCAAGUCUAGGAAGUAAAUUAACUACUGCAACGGUCAAACAUAUUCUAGAACUACCGGCAUCAUUUACACCAAACAAAUAUCGCACAAAAAGUAUGAAUAAUGAUUACAAUCUUAGCAAAUCCUAUUUUCAGAGCGACUAUACACUUUCACCGCGACGCGCGACAUCAAAAUUUGCUUUUUUUGUUUUUUGA